AGUGACAGAGUGAGGUCAGUGUUCCUUCACUCAACCACAGCCUCUGCUCAUGCGGUUUUUCAGAGCACUUUGAGUUUUUCGCCACCGGUCCGGUUUGCUGAAGGGGUGGCAGACUCGCGCAGUAUGGGGCUCAGUGGUGUCCGGCUGCUCCCGGCCUUGGUUGUCCUCUGUGCUCCCGUGAGUGCCGCAGUUGGAGCCCACAGUCUUCAUUACAACCUCAUAGUGAGAUGUCAAGGUGGAUCUGUGCUCUCAAGGUUCUUUGCUCAGGGUCGCUUGGAUGAUCAGCCCUUCCUGUGCUAUGACAGUGAGAGAGGCAGCGUAGUGCCCUGUGCACUAUGGGCAGAAACAGUCCUGGGACCAGAGACUUGGGACACAGAGACCCAGGACUUGUCAGAGAGUGGCAAGAAUCUUAGAGUGACCCUAGCAGAUAUCAACUUCCUGAAAGAGGAGAAAGGAGAUAGAAGAAUGACCUGGCUGACAUCAAUGUCCUGCAAAAGGUGCCAGAUGAGCUGACCCUAGCCAGAGCUGAACUGGAGAUGCUGACUGAGAACCUGACGGAAGACUUGGCCUAUCUGAAGUAGAAUCAAUCAUGAGGAGGCCAAAAUUUAAUUUUUUUCCUCCCAGACCUCAAAAUUAAAACAUCAGGUUUGCAAAUUUGGAGAUAAAACACGACCUGUGUAAGUGGCCAUUUGUUUUGGAUGUGCCCGUGCAUGUAUAUUGCUGCUACUGUUGUUUUUAAUGGUUCUUACUAAGGUUUAAUUAAUCAGAGACACAUUCUGAUUUUGUCAUUUUCAUUAUAGGUAAUAAAUUAGGUAAUAACAAUUUUAACUCUCUUGAUUUAGUGAUUUUGAAUAUAUAUAUAUAUAUAUAUAUAUAUAUAUAUAUAUAUAUAUAUAUAAUUUCAAAAGUUAGAAAAUAAAGAAGUCUACCAAUAACAUAAAAUGCUAUCCGUGCCACACAUGGCACUCUGAUGGACCACAGUGUAUACCAGUGACUGGUGUAGAGAAUAGACACUGGCAGUAAGUUUUUACACAAUUUUCAGUGAUUCUACCAAUUCUGCAGGAUUAGACACUUCUUGCAGCCCUUGACUUAACAGCUGUAGAUGAAAUCUCUCUAGCAACUUGCAUACCAAGCUUCCCCUUCCUGUACAGACAGGAUAGUGGAUUCUCUAGAAGGAGGGUUAACCAAUCCUUCUGGCCCUUAGACACAGCAUAUAGAGUCCAUGGUCACUUAAAUAUCCUGUGAAAAUAUCUUUAGUAGUUAUUUUGUUGUUGUUGUUGUUGUUUGAUUUAGUGUGCCCAAGAACAUUUACUUUUAUUUGUUUUAAUUAGUUAUAUGUGAAAGUGGAAUUCAUCUUGACACAUCAUACAUAAAUGAAGUACAAAUUCUCAUUCUUCUGGUUGCACAUGAUAUAGAGUUAUUCUGGUCAUGUAAUUAUAUUGUAAUGGGCCAGGCUAUAUGGAUAAUAACCAAUCAGACUCCAUUUUGCCCUGAGACUCCACAUCAUGUAAGAAAUGCUUCUCCCAGGGAAAUCUCCACCUCUACCCAUCAACAGUUGCUUAGCAUAGCAUGUUUGGCAACACAAAAUGUCAAUUCUUAUACAAUGUAAAAGUGUUUUCUUUGUGGUUCCCAUUUUUCUUGGACAGUGUGUUCUGUCAAAGAUUGAUUAUCUAGAUAUUAGUAACCAUUCUUUACCAUGUACAUGACAUUUUUGUCCAUGCUGGGUGAACAAACAACAACAAGAAGUAGUAAUAUUGUCUUUAAAGUUACCAAUGCAGUUUCGUUUCUAGGUCAUCAAACAGUUGUUGAAAAAAUGUGAAUGUCUAUAAAAUGUCUACUAUCCAUUGUUUCUAGGAUUUUUCCUCAAUUGAAAAAAAAAAACUGAUACUGUUCAGUGCACUUCUCUGAUAUCUUUGAUUUUAAAAAUAAGUAAAUUUUAUUUAACAUAUAUAGAAUUAAUUUUAAAUAAGUUUGUUAGAGACAUCUAAUUGGCUUACAAAGUUAAAAUGUUAACUGCUAAAUAUAACAUCAAGUACUCUUGACUCCUAAAUUUUAUAGGGUAACAUACUUAAACAUUAAAUGUGUUUUCCUAAAUUGAUAAAUAAAAGAAUUUAAAAUUA